AUGGAUCAGCCUAUAUUCCUCGUCUACAAUGAGCAGUUCCAAUCCAUACUUGGCACCGGGGCAGAUCUCAAGGUUGCUUUCGAGGAAGACUUCCCGUUCGCCUACCAAGGCGGCGUCUACACGCCCGCCAACGAUGUCCUCUACGUAACCAGCAACCAAUACAGCCUAGCCACAGGACAGGACAAAGUCGCCAUCGUCAGCAAGAUGACCCGCAACAUCUACGGCCAAUGGGCCCGCCACCAAGUCCCCAACCAAGUCCGCAACCCCGCUGGCGGAGCUGCGUACGACGACGGCGUACUCGAUGGCGUCCUCUUCUGCGCCCAAGGGGACAUGGAGAACCCCACCGGCCUCGUGCAGAUGGAAGCAGACUACCCCUUCCGCAUACGCACGCUCGUCAACAACUACUACGGGCGGCGAUUCAACUCGCUGAAAGACGUUGCCGUGCACAGCGACGGAAGUAUAUACUUCACUGACCCUGUGUACGGCCAUGAUCAGGGCCUGCGACCAGCCCCUGAGCUGCCGAACCAGGUAUAUAGGUUUGAUCCGCAUACAGGCGAUGUGAGGGUUGUGGCUGAUGGGUUUGGGCGGCCGAGUGGGAUUUGCUUUAGUCCGAAGGAAGGGACGUGUUAUAUCAGUGAUACAGAGUUUAUUCACGGAAAUGGGCAUGUGGAUUUUGAGAGAGCGAGUACUAUAUACGCGUACGACGUCGGAGACCGCGCGCAAUCGAAGUUCCUUAUGAACCGUCGCGUCUUCGCCAUGGCCGACGUCGGCGUGCCCGACGGCUUGAAGUGCGAUUUAGCUGGCAACGUGUACGCUGCAUGCGGUGACGGUCUGAGUGUAUGGAGUCCAGGCGGUGUAUUGCUGGGCAAAGUGCUUGUUCCCGGCGGGCUGGCGAACUUCUCCUUCGGGCGCAAGGGCGAGCUAUUCCUGCUCAAUGGGAAGAAGCUCUGGAUUCUGAGGGUCGCGGACACUGUCAAAGGCGCGCUGGUAAAUCGAGAGUCGCUGAGGUACGAAGAAGUGGACUAG